GCGGUCUUACUCCCCGUAAGGGGGGAGGAAAGAGGAAAAGGAGGAAGCAAGAUGGCGGAGGCUUCCCCGCAGCCGGGACGGUAUUUUUGCCACUGCUGCUCGGCCGAGAUCGCGCCGCGCUUACCGGAUUACAUUUGCCCAAGGUGUGAAUCUGGUUUUAUUGAAGAGCUGCCUGAGGAACCAAGAAAUGUUGAAAAUGGAUCCAGCUCUUCAGCCUCGACCAGUGACCAGAGUAGACAUCCGUUUGAGAAUGUGGAUCAGCCCCUCUUCACCCUCCCACAGGGCUACGGCCAGUUUGCCUUUGGGAUAAUCGACGACAGUUUUGAGUUCCCAGCCUUUGGGUCCAACACACAAUCAGAAGAUAACCGUGAUGCUGAGAACAGGCGGGAGAGGGAGCAUCAGUCUCGGCACCGAUACGGAGCCAGGCAACCCCGGGCUCGUUUCACUGCACGGCGGGCGGCUGGCAGGCACGAGGGAGUCCCCACGCUAGAAGGAAUCAUCCAGCAGCUGGUCAAUGGAAUUAUAGCACCGACCACGAUACCAAACCUUGGAGUAGGACCUUGGGGAGUCUUGCAUUCAAAUCCCAUGGACUACGCUUGGGGUGCCAACGGCUUGGAUGCCAUUAUUACUCAGCUCCUGAAUCAAUUUGAAAACACCGGCCCGCCUCCUGCGGACAAGGAGAAGAUUCAGGCCCUUCCAACAAUUCAUAUAACAGAGGAACACGUCGGUUCGGGGCUGGAAUGCCCCGUCUGUAAGGAAGAUUAUGAAGCUGGCGAGAGCGUGCGACAGUUACCUUGUAAUCACCUCUUCCAUGAUGGCUGCAUAGUCCCCUGGCUGGAACAGCAUGACACCUGCCCAGUGUGUCGGAAAAGUUUAAGCGGGCAGAACACAGCUACAAACCCGCCUGGACUCUCCACAAUGAAUUUUGCCUCCUCCUCCUCCUCCUCCUCCUCCUCCUCUUCUUCCAGUUCACCAAGUAACGAAAACUCUGCAAACAACUCAUGAAUCUUUAAAAACAAGCAAAAAAAAAAAGUUGCCACUCUCAUGCUCUUUUCUAAUGUCAUAGCCCUUCCUUGCUUCUCCCCACCACCACCAGGGGAAAUCUGUGGGGUGGGGAAUCUCCAGUACAGAGCCGUGGGGUGGGCCGGGAAUGGGACUCUCCACUGUCUCCCCCCAACCGUCGUAACUUUGAGACCCUCCUGACUUCCCGCUUUCUUCCCUCCUCCCCCCCGCCCUGGUGUUUGGUGUUAAAUCUUGCCUUCUCUCAAGGGACAACAGGGGUGGGGGGUCUCCUCUCUAAACCGCUGCUGUGCGGACUCUUAAAACCGGCCCGACCGCGCUGGGUGACGAGCGGCGGGGAAUCGGAACGUGAACAGGCACUGGAUUUGAGGGAGAUCAGAGUUCCAAAGGGGCGUUCUAAAGUGGAUUGUCUAUUCCUUUCUCUUUAUUAUUUUUUUAAUAUAAUUUUGACAAUUUUUUCCCCCUUCUUGUCCUGCCAUCAGCUCUUUAAGAACUGUUGAUACUGACCCUUGAAAGUAGAGAUGUGAUAGAGAUCCUUGUCCCCUUCCCCUUCUUUCCCCCAUGGAUUUUCUGCUCCUGGAAGAGUUGGUGAAGCUCUUUCCUUGGCACCAGCAAAAAGCGGGGAGGAAGAACAGGGGUGGGGAGUGAAUUUAACAAUCAGAGCCACUUCCUGACCCUGCACAGUUUCUCCUCUCCCCACUCCCCCGUUACUAACACCGCCCUUUUUGGCAAGUCAAUACCGAAAAAAGGGGUUUUUAUAAUUUUAAAUUAUUACUGCUGUUAAAUAAAUGGACAUUUCAGCUCUA